AUGGAACACGAUACCAAGACCCCACAAUACCGAACAAGCGAUCCCAACUCGUUCGCGAGCGAAUCGGUUAGAAAGCGAUGGCCUGUAAUCCUGACACAGGGAAUUGACGAUGUUUACCGCGCCGUUACCAAGACUUCUGACCCCGAAAAACUGGCCGAGGGCAAGAAAAUCAUCGAACAGCUGGCUGGUUUGAAAUACGAAGUCGAGCACGAUCGCAAGCUCACCCCCAUUCCCGACGAUGGAUUCACCGAGGAGAUUCAGACCUAUAACAAGGAGGUCGAAGCUCUAGGCCCCGAUGCUCACUGGUAUGAUGUACCAUGGCUCUUUUCUGAGUGCUACCUGUACAGACGAAUCAGCUCCAUCUUCCGCCUCAGUGAACACUGGAGAUCCUACGACAUCUUUGCCCGACAGAAGAUGGAUACCUUCCGAUCAUCACGACCCGCGGUUCUUGAGCUCGCGAGCAAAUACCGACAACUGGUCCAGCAACUCCGCGAGAACAAAGACGCAGCUCACGACCCUGAAGCCGAGAAGAUCCUCUUCCAAGAAAUGUUUGAGAUUUGUCUCUGGGGCAACGCUACCGAUCUAUCGCUGCUUACCAACUUGACAUAUGAGGAUAUCCAGAAGCUGCAGGGUUCUGAGGCUCGUAAGGCGGCCGAAAAGAACAUCCUGGUCAACCAUCUUCCUAAGGCGUAUGAAAUCCUCAAGAAGGCUCAGUCUGAGGGCAAGAAGGAGCGUCGUGUUGAUAUUGUCCUUGACAACGCUGGCUUCGAGCUAUACGUUGACAUGAUUCUGGCUGGCUAUCUCCUUUCGGCUGGCCUUGCGACACAUGUUGUUUUGCGACCCAAGUCCAUCCCUUGGUUCGUCUCCGACGUUGUGCCCAGCGACUUUGCUGGUCUGUUGAAUGCAGUCGCCAACCCUCGCGCUCUUUACGACACACCAUCUGAAGAUGAAGAUCUUCAAGGGAGGAAGCCUGAGCCUCUAUCAGAAGAGGGGGAGAAGGACCUUCAGUUUCUGUUCCAGGAGUGGGCUACGUUCCAUUCUGAAGGACAACUUGCCCUUCGGCCUAACCGAUACUGGACCUAUGGCGGUAGUUUCUGGAGAUUGCCUGCGGAGAACCCCGAGUUGCACGAGGAGCUCAAGCCUGCCGAGCUUGUUAUCUUCAAGGGUGAUUUGAACUACCGAAAGCUCACCGCUGAUGCCGCUUGGCCCGCUACCACACCGUUCAACGAGGCUCUAGGUCCCAUGGGCCCCUCUUCGGGCGUCAAUGUUCUUUCUCUGCGAACUUGCAAGGCUGAUGUUGUAGUUGGUCUCCCAGAGGGCAAAGACGAGGAGUUGAAGCAACUUGAGGGCGGCGGCGGUGGCUCUGGUGCGCGAAAGUGGGCAUGGAACGGCAAGUGGGCUGUUGUGAACCUCUCUCAAGGUCACUAG